AUGACAUCCUCCGAACGAGUCACAGAGUCCAAAAAGGUCUGGACAACCCUCAUAACCAACACUGCCUAUCUCUCCGGUCUCCUUACUCUUGACUACUCGCUCAAAAAACAUAAUUCCAAAUAUCCUCUCGUAGCUCUCUACACCGAUGCCUUUCCCCCCGAAGGCCACGCCGCUCUUGAAGCGCGCGGAAUUCCUAAACAGCGCAUUGAAUAUCUCCUUCCCAAAAACGGUGGAAAAGAUUAUUCCAACGAUCCCCGUUUCUAUGAUUGUUGGUCCAAACUCGCGCCAUUCAGUUUAAUCGAAUAUGACCGCGUGGUACAACUUGAUAGCGAUAUGUUGGUUUUGCAAAAUAUGGAUGAGUUAAUGGAGAUGGAUCUUGAUGCGCCGGAGAUGGCGGGAAAGGGGGAUAGAGUUUUUGCAGCGGGGCAUGCUUGUGUUUGUAAUCCGUUGAAGAAAAAACAUUAUCCUGCUGAUUGGAUCCCUGAAAAUUGCGCAUUCACAUCCCAACACAAUACCCCAGAUGUAGCACAAACCACCGGUCCACCACCUAACACCUCACCUCUCGGUUUCAUGAACGGCGGUCUCCAAGUUGUAAACCCCUCUUCAGGAGUUUACAAUGCUAUCCUCGAUCAUCUUGCCUCAGACGCAGCUAUCAAUAUGGAUUUCGCAGAUCAAUCUCUCCUCUCCGACUUAUUCAAAGAUCGUUGGGUUCCACUUCCUUAUAUUUAUAAUGCGCUCAAGACGUUGAAAUGGGAGGGUGUCCAUCCACAAAUCUGGAGAGAUGACAAGGUGAAGAAUAUUCAUUACAUUCUAGCGCCGAAACCAUGGGAUGAGAUGGAUAAGGAGGGUAAUUUUAUAGGGAAGGAUGGUACACAUGCAUGGUGGGUGACACAUAAUCAAGAGAGAUUAAGAGGGGAAAAGGAGAGAGGAAUUAAAGUUGAUGGGUUUUAG